UUUAACUCGUCCCCCCCACCCAAGAAACCCCGCCUCCCCUUUCCCUCCCUUCUCCUCCCAGGAACUCGGCUCAGACUUCUCCGGCCGCCGCUCUACCCGCUUCGUCUCCAAAAUGCACUUCGGCCGACCCAAGGCUACAGGCUUUGCCAGCCGCCACUCCCCCUUUGCGGACGAAGCUCUGGAGGAGGCGCUCAGCUGUGCGGGCGAUGACUCUGCGUUGGACAGUCUGUUACUGUCUUUCCAGCCCAAGCUCUGCCGCACUGAGGACUACACGUUCUUGCUCAGAGAGCUUGGAAACCGUGGCCAUUGCUCGAUGGCACUGAGAUGCUUCGAUUUCGCUCUUCGCCGGGAAAGAAAGCGCAACGAACAAGGUAAGCUAGCCAGCUCAAUGAUUAGUACUCUUGGGAGACUUGGGAAAGUUGAUUUGGCGGAGCAGGUGUUUGAAAAUGCCUUAAAGGAGGGGUAUGGCAACACCGUGUAUGCCUAUUCUGCUUUGAUAAGUGCUUACGCCAAGAGUGGGUUCUGCCGUGAUGCCAUUAGGGCAUUUGAGUCUAUGAAAGACUCCGGCUUGAAACCAAAUUUAGUAACUUAUAACGCUUUGAUUGAUGCCUGUGGCAAGGGAGGUGCUGAUUUCAAAAGGGCUUUGGAGAUUUUUGAUGAAUUGUUAAGAAAUGGGGUUCAGCCUGAUAGGAUAACCUAUAACUCACUGCUUGCUGUCUGCAGCGGCGCGGGGCUGUGGGAAACCGCCAGGAGUCUGUUUGAUGAGAUGAUUUAUAGAGGAAUCGAACAGGACAUUUACACGUACAACACACUCCUGGAUGCUGCUUGCAACGUGGGGCAAGUUGAUGUUGCUCUGGAGAUCAUGUCUGAGAUGCCUGCAAAGAACAUUUUCCCGAAUGAGGUGACUUACAGCACCAUGAUUCGAGGGUGUGCUAAGGUGGGAAAAUUUGACAGAGCAGUGAGCUUGUUUAAGGAAAUGAAGAGCGUGGGCAUAAAGGCAGACAGAGUGUCUUAUAACAAUUUACUUGCUAUAUACGCAAGCCUUGGCAGGUUCGACGACGCAUUGGAUGUGAGUAAGGAGAUGGAGGGUAUGGGUAUAAGGAAGGAUGUGGUCACUUACAAUGCCCUCCUGGAUGGGUUUGGGAAGCAAGGGAUGUACGAUAAGGUCAAGGCCUUCUUUGCCAAAAUGAAGGAAGAUAAUCUUUCCCCAAACUUGCUUACAUACUCCAUACUCAUUAGCGUUUACUUCAAAGAAGGUUUAUAUCAGGAGGCAGCGGAGCUUUAUAAGGAUUUCAAGCAAAGAAACCUGAAAGCAGAUGUCGUUUUCUAUAGUAAACUUAUCGAUGCGCUGUGUAAGAAAGGUCUUAUAGAGUCCGCAUCGUUCUUGAUCGAUGAGAUGAUGAAGGAGGGGAUACUACCGAACGUUGUUACCUAUAAUUCUAUAAUCAAUGCAUUUGGUUUGGGAUCAAGCAUCGAGGGUUCAUCCAAUGUUUCUGACACAGGGAUUUGUAGGGAAGAUGAGACGAGGAGGAUGUGGGAGGAUGGAGAGGGAGAUGGCAUCGUUAUGGUCUUUGAGCAGUUAGCUUCCGGGAAAUGUCUCGAAAUGAGGAACCAGAACACCUACAAACAGGACUUGCUUUGUGUGCUGGGAAUUUUCCACAAGAUGCACGAAUUGGACAUAAAACCUAAUGUUGUCACCUUUUCUGCAAUCUUGAAUGCUUGCAGCCGCUGUAGUUCAUUUGAAGAGGCGUCAUUGUUGUUGGAGGAACUCGGUAUGUUUGACAACCACGUUUAUGGAGUGGCACACGGGCUACUAAUGGGGCAGGGUGAAGGUGUUUGGGUGAAAGCUGUGUCUCUUUUUGAUGAGGUGAAGCAGAUGGAUUCCUCAACUGCUUCUGCCUUCUACAAUGCUUUGACAGACAUGCUGUGGCAUUUUGGUCAGAGACGGGGGGCGCAGCUGGUGGUUCUAGAAGGCAAGCGCCGGAACGUGUGGGGAAACACGUGGUCCAAUUCAUGCUUGGAUCUGCAUUUGAUGUCGUCGGGUGCUGCACGUGCCAUGGUGCACGCAUGGCUGCUCAGCAUACGGAGUGUUGUUUUUGAAGGCCGUGAGCUACCCAAGUGGUUGAGCAUAUUGACGGGGUGGGGAAAACACAGCAAGGUAAUGGGAGACGGGACACUGAAGCGUGCAGUAGAGGCGCUGCUGGAGAGCAUUGGGGCUCCGUUUGAGAUAGCCAAAAGUAAUAUGGGGAGGUUUGUUUCAUCGGGGGCUGUGGUGGCGUCCUGGCUGAAGGAAUCAGCCACACUCAACCUACUGCUUCUUCAUGAUCACAGUACCACUACUACUGCUACUACUGCUACUACUACUCAUCAUCAUCAUCAUCAUCAUCAUCAUCAUCCAGAUGGGAAAUCACUAGUGGCAGCAUGAUGGUUGAUGAGAAAGAAGAAGAAGAAGAAACACUAACUGCUUUCCCUGUUGUGGGUUGUAUCAUUCAUUAUCAGUCAGGCUUUUUGUUCAUAUGUAACCAUAGUCCGUAUAGCAUUACUAUUAUUACGGAGUAGUAUAUANGUGGAAGCAGGUCUCUUGGCGAAAUACUCACUCUGUAUUUUAUUGUUUUGAAAGCGGGGUGUAGUAUUGUUGUUAUUAUUAGACCGGUUGCAGCGACUUUGGCAGCUCUUAUCUGCCGUUUUGAUGUUCAGUCUAAUGCAAUUGCAAUGA